GCAUAAUUCAAACAUGAUAAUAUAUAGUAUAUAGUACAUAUUUGAAAUUAUUCAGUAUUCUGAUAUCAUCACGUGUUAUCAAAAUGUUGUAUAAUCUUAAAUUUGUGAAAUAGCAGAUGCCAUUGCUGGGGAUUUCCAACAGAGUAGCCAGCAGUGCCUGCUAUACAGUACCCUCCUCUACCUACACUUUGUACAUCCCUGAUCCUGCCACCUGUACCUGUAGUGGCACCACUGAAAGGAGCCACUCCAGUAGGGAAAUUAUGUGUUUCUGCAGUGAAGAUCAAAUGAGAUUCUGUAGGGACUUGCUUCAAUUCACCAACAGCACCUGCUGAAAGAGGUCUCAAACUUCGAUGGACAUAGCCCUUUAUAGCACUGAAAGCAAAUCAAAUAUCUGUGAUUAGUUCAGAAAUAUAAUGAUUUCAUGCUGCUGCGUAAGGAG